UUUCCAGCUGACCCCAGACAUCCUAUGAGAGCACUGGACCCCAUCAGACCGGAUCCCCCUAUUCACCCAAAACCCACCGUUCAUGAGCGCCCAGUCGGCCCCUUGCCGCCUAAACCUGCCGUGGCAGCCAAGCCUCCCCUCCCCACCCCGGCCUCUCCUGCCGGGGGGGCAACCCGUCCCUCCUCCGCUCCCCCCCCCAGCAGCUCAGCAGGGAGGGUGCAGCUCAGACACAUCCAUGACGGCCGGCUGAGCGAUACUACAGCACAGAACGGCAGCCAGGAGCGGCCCCCGGGUGCAGCCUCCACUCUGUCCCCCAGGAAGGAGCUGCUCCCCUCUGCUCCGUCUGCCUGGAGGGGGCCCGGCACACAGGAGCGCUCGGAGAAAGCACAGUCAGUGACCGACGAGAGUCUUCCUAAGACACGGCAACACUUGAAGCCCGUUCUGAAACGCAGAGCUGUGUCGGUCCAUGAGGACACUCUGGCCAUGACGCAAGAGCUGAAGGCGGUGCUGCAGAGGUCUCCUAUCCGUUUCCGCGGCUCCAGAGGAGACCUGCCCCCCUGCACUGAAGACCCUCCCUGUGUGGAGAAAGCACAGAGAGCUCAGGAGGCCGGUCACGCAGGGAAACAAGAAGAGAAGAGGAAGACUGUCCAGGAUGAAAAGGAGCUGAAGGCAGAAAGAGGCAGGAUGGGCUGUGGAGCUGAAACUAAGCCCCUCCCCCCAGGCUCAGCGUGUCCCUCCUCCAUAGAAGCAUCAGCAGCCCGACUCUUCAGUCCAACUGCAGCCUCCGACAAACCCCCACCCGUCCUGGAGAGGCUGACCCACGGUCUCCAAAAGCCCCCUGUAACGCCCCCAUCUGAGCAGAAGAGCCCCAGCACAGGCCCCCGUUUUCCUCAAACUCUAGAAAAACGGCUACUGUCCCCACCCUCCCAAGAGAAGACCCCCGGCACAAUCUCAGCUAUAUCUGAAUCCCAAGAAAACCCGCGAGUUAGCCCCCUGUCCCUCAAGAAGAAAAGCCCUGGCACAGCCCCCCCCCCAGAGGAGGGGAGGAACAGCACACAGGAGGAGCUCUCUAAAAUGCACACAGUGAAAGCAGCAGACCAAAGAACUGAGCCCCCUCUGUCCGAAUAACACAAACACGGACUUAAAAAAGGACAUAAGACGCACCUGGGAAGAGAGGGGGGCUGUGACAUCACUGAGAUCAGGAUAUAGGAGGGUAUACCAAGUCUGAGAACAGCAUGAAUGUUGUACCCCCCUGUAGAAAGCUGCUGUGUCCCGUGUCAGGGUGCUCUCUUUGAAAGUCUCAGACCCAAGACCCUGUGUCCACACAGCGUCUCCACGUCUUGACAACGUUGCUGUUGCGUGACAGGCUAGCAUCGCCCCUUUUCAUUUUAUUAAAUAUUUCAGCUACUUUUUAUUUGUUUGCCAAUUUGUUUCACCAUUAGCAACAACUGGAGGAUUCUUGCUCUCACACAUUGUAUAAUUGAGCUUGUCACAACUAGAUCCAAAUAUGGGUAGAGUACAACACUCACCUGCUCUGCUCAAACUAUGCUGUAUGUCUUUGUUUUGCUAGCUGAACAUUUCUACAGCGAUGUCGCCAGCGCUUUUCUGAAAAUAUUUUAUAUUUUCAUCUCAAAGCAUUUGCAGCAUCAAAAAAAGACCCUGGUCUAUUCUCAACGUUGCCGCAUGUGCUCACUCCUCAUUUGAAUCAAUUGAGAAAAAUAUGCUAGUGUUCAGAAAAGGCGCUAUGUGGAUACAGGCUCUAAUUUAGUGCACAUGGUUGGUGCAUGUUUUGUUGCCAUCUUACAGCGAACGUCUGCACAGUCGCUGUACUGUCCGUUUGAGGUGGAUAAACACACACUGCACAAACCGUCCAGUGGUCAAACACCCAAAACAUUAAAAAGUGGAAAAACUACAUGACAAACAGGACCUUUACACAGUAGGCCAUGAAAUACACACAUGCACAAAUGAAUGCAAUUGAUGAACAGCUGUUAGAGUGCUGGGCUGCAGCAGUUCAGCACCCUGGAGCUGUUGGGGGUUUGGUGCUUUGCUCAAAGACAUCCCGACAGUAUCCAGGAGGUGAACUGGCUCAUCUCCAGCUACUAGUCCAAACCACGUAUAUUUUAUAACUUGGACCAGUGACCAUGUGGUUCCCAAGCCCGUGGCCUGUUGUGCUGAGGGCAAAAUCUCUACGUUGAUUAGGGCAGCUGUUUUAACAUGCAUCAUCAGGGGAAAAUCUGCAUCCAUUGCAUGUUUGCAUUAAGAAGGCAACUGAUCGCCUGUAAACUCACUUUCCAUUCAGUCUGAGGAAACCUUUAAGAGUCAUCUGAGUCCUUCCAAGGAGGUUGGGUCUGAAAUGGGACACAGACAGCAUCAGCUGCAUAAGUAACUGACAGGAGUGUGUGGUUGAGAUAUCUUUAUUGUGUGAUCUCCACACAAGGAUGGCUAAUUGAACAGAACGUCUAUGAGUGUGGCUCAUUAACACAUCAUGUCAAAGACUCACUUAUUUCAUAUGUUAUCAUUUUUAUUUAAUAAGGGAUUUAAAGGCACAUGGUGUAAUUUACAAUUAAAAGAGUAUAUCUCUUCA